AUGAGUAACAACGAGCAGAUUCCAACAACAAGCGACAAUCAACAACUAAAAGAUUACAACAGUCACCAACUUGCAACAACCAACAGCAAUGUAACAUCUCUCGUUUACAAACCAGAGUCCCUGAAGUUGCCUAGUAACGAGACGACGCCAAGCAAGAUGGAUAAUGAUCAUGACAUGGCUACACGAUGUGGACUCUGGGUAUGGCACCCAGACUUCAUGCAGCCAUUUGCAAGGGUUGGCGCCUUCACAGCUUUCAUAAGUGUGGCCGGACUAAUGACGCAGACGCUGGUAAACUAUGUGAACUCUCAGGUGACCACACUGGAAAGACAAUUUGGCUUUAGUUCCCAGCAAACUGGCAUCAUUCUGGCAGCAAACGACAUCGGUUACCUGGUCUGUGUUCUGUUUGUUGGAUACCUGGCAACAAGGACCCACAUACCCAGGUCGUUAGGUGGGUCAUUUCGCUUCUGUCUGGUAUUGCAUGCGCCCUUUCCACACUUCCUGUUUGGAGCACAAGUCAACGCGGAUCGAGCAUCAGAGAACUCCAAUAAUUCAAGUUCUGACGUCAACCAACAGUCCAGCAUCUUCGGCAGGUUGUGUGACGUCAACAAUAGUUGGAUUCCUUGCGCUAAUUCUUCCGCUUCAAAACGAGUUGAUCUCGCGAGUGUUGCGGUCUCGGAAAAAUUUGCCGAGAUCUCCCUGGUCAUCAUCGUCAUCGGCAUGGCCCUGCAGGGUUUCGGGAAGGCGCCCAGAACUUCCUUCAUCGUCACCUACUUGGACGACAACACAGCCAAACAUAACACUGGCUUCUACAUGGGGAUCGUUAUGGCCACGACACUUUUGGGACCCGCGGUUGCUUACCUGAUGGGCGGAGUCUUCUCCCGGAUGUACGUCACCUUAGAAGCAACAAAAUUAACGCCACGUCAUCCCAAAUGGAUCGGAGCCUGGUGGCUGGGUUAUGUGGUCUUUGGAGUGAUGUCUCUGGUGGUGGCGGUUCCUCUUUUCUGUUUCCCGCGAAGACUACCAAGAAACAAGGCCAAGGUCACGCAUGCAGACGAUGAGACAACAGCAGG